UUGGUGAUAGAAAAAAAAACCUUUGGCUGCGUACGGGUUGCGCACGUCAAGCCUGUAGCGUAGCUGAGGAGUGGGUGGGACGACACAUCCCAUUCCACUGAAGCAAACACGACUUCUGGUUAGGUCUAUGAAUAAGGAUUUCCUGUUGGAUUGCUGAGUCGCAUUAUUUUCACAAAGCUUGCAAAUUCGUCUUUUACGAUAGAUCUGAUGUCUUAAAGGGUUGUAGCGUCGGUACCCCAUAGUUAAAUACGAUAACGUUAGCCCGAAAGACAGCGUUUGAGUAGCCACUUAGCUACAACUACUAGGUCUGUCAAAAAUGUCAGACGCGACGGUCGCAGACACUCGCCGGUUAAACUCAAAACCUCAGGAUCUCACGGACGCCUAUGGUCCCCCUAGUAACUUUCUUGAAAUAGACGUGUAUGAUCCUCAAACGAUCGGUGUUGGACGAAACCGGUUCACGACAUACGAGGUCCGAAUGAAGACAAACUUGCCGAUUUUUAAGCAGAAGGAGUCCACUGUGCGCAGACGAUACAGUGACUUCGAGUGGCUGAAAAAUGAACUCGAAAGAGACAGCAAGAUUGUCGUGCCUCCUUUGCCGGGCAAGGCUUUGAAGAGACAGCUCCCCUUUCGCGGAGACGAGGGCAUUUUCGAAGAGUCCUUUAUUGAGGAGCGAAGAGUUGGCCUUGAACAGUUCAUCAACAGAAUUGCAGGUCACCCGCUGGCCCAGAACGAGCGCUGUCUACACAUGUUCCUUCAGGACGAGAGCAUCGACCGCAACUACAUCCCAGGAAAAGUAUGAAUGAAGUAAGUUCAUUUGUCUUCUCUUUUGUCUUUUACUCAAAAGGCUGAUGUACAUUUU